GUGUUUGUUUUGGUUGUCUUGGUUGCCGAUUAGCUAAAAGAAAGAUGUCUGCCACGGAGGACGACACUGAGUUGCGGGAUCUUUUGAUCCAAAACCUAGAAAACAGUGGUGUCUUGAACAAACUAAAGGCACAAAUGCGCGCCGCUGUCUUUCUGGCUAUGGAUGAACAGGAUAAAGUGGAGAAUAAAACUCCACUUGUCAAUGAAAACCUGAAGAAAUGUCUUGAUACAAAGGAUGGACGCCUGGUGGCCAGCCUCAUCAUAGACUUUCUACAGGUCUUUCACCUGGACUUCACGCUUGCUGUCUUCCAGCCAGAGAUAAACUCACUAAAUGGCCUAGACAGCCGUGAGCAGGUCUCUUGUGAGCUGGAUAUCACCGAGACUGAUAUGAACAGGAACACUCCUCUCCUGCUGGAGCUUGUCAAGAGGGGCAGACACAAGGAGAAGGCCUCCAUCUUCUCCGAGGGGGACAAAGCCACAAACAUCCCCAAGGAACUCUCCCCCAGACAAAUAGCAGACGCCCGGAAGAAGUUUGAUGUUUAUGACAAGGCCAGAACUGGUGGGAUACUCAAAGAGGAUUUGAAAGUUGUGUUUGGAGAUGUUUUUCCCAACUUCAACAAGAACAUGCUGGAGAAGUUUGUUACUGAUGAACAUAGAGUUGGAGACAAGGCCUCCGGUAAAUCUAUAGACUUCCAGGAGUUUCUGGGCUUGUACAAGCGCUUCUUCAGUCAGUGUCGAAGUGUGGUCACCCAUGACACCUGUGAUGUAUUUCACAAUCCCAGUCAAUUUAUUGAGGAGAAGAAAAGCACUUCACCGCCUAGUAAGAUCCCCAGGUUUAAAGGACAUAGGCACAGUGCACAGGCGGAGAAGGCUGACAUCAAGGGCGUGGAGGUCAGUCACAGCCACAGUGACACCAGCCUGCGCUUUGGCUCUCUAAAGGGCAAAGGGCCGGGUCACGUGACGCCAAGGCACAGCGAGGUGUCCGGGGACAACGACAACGGCCCCACGGCGAGCCUGAAGAAGGGGCUGGACCUGGAGGUGGAAGAGGACCUAGACGAGGACGACUCGUUCUUUGACGACCCUCUGCCUAAACCACAGAAAACCUACGGCUGCUUCGUCCGCUCUCUGAGGGAGGAGGGCCUCUCAGGGCGCUCCUUUAACCCAAUGAGGAGGGGCACUAGCCUCAAUGACCUGUCUGCUCUGGGUAGUGACACAGAGGGCGAUGGGGACGAGCUCUUUUCUGACUAUGAUAAUAAACGGAGCUGCUUGGAGCACAGGAGAGCAGCAGAUUCGGACCCGCCCCCCCAGAGGAGUGCUGCAGGUGGGGGGUUCCACUCAGGAGAAGCCCAUCACAGAGACCUCUCAGGCAGCAAGAACGGUACUUCUUCUAACCCCAGAGACAAAGGAUUCAAAGACUUGAAAAUUAUAAAUUAUAAAACUGGAUCUUCCGUGCAGGGUAUGAUCUUAACCCAAUUCCAGGUUUUCUAUCUUAUUAUUAUGCUGUUUUUGGUGGGUUACAUAUUUUAAUUGUAUUUAUUUCAUAUACACCACAUGAUCAAAAGUAUGUGGACACCUGCUCGUCGAACAUCUCAUUCAAAAGUCAUGGGCAUUAAUAUGUAGUUGGUCCCCUUUGUUGCUGUAACAGCCUCCACUCUUCUAGGAAGGCUUUCCACUAGAUGUUGGAACAUUAGUGAGGUCGGGCACUGAUGUUGGGCUAUUAGGCCUGGCUCGCUGUUGUCGUUCCAAUUCAUCCCAAUGGGGUUGAGGUCAAGAGCAGGUCAGUCAAGUUCUUACACACCGAUCUCGACAAACCAUUUUCUGUGUAGACCUUGCUUUGUGCACGGUGGCAUUGUCAUGCUGAAACAGGAAACCUUCCACAAACUGUUGCCACAAAGUUGAAAGCACAGAAUCGUGUAGAAUGUCAUUGUACGCUGUAGGGUUAAGAUUUCCCUUCACUGGAACUAAGGGGCCUAGCCCGACCAUGGAAAAACUGCCCCAGACCAUUAUUCCUCCAACAAAUUUUACAGUUGGCAAUAUUCAUCGGGGCAGGUAGCGUUCUCCUGGUAUCCGCCAAACCCAGAUUCGUCAAACGGACUGCCUGAUGGUAAAGCGCGAUUCAUCACUCCAGAGACACUUGGCAUUGCGCAUGGUGAUCUUAGGCUUGUGUGCAGCUGCCCGGCCAUGGAAAUCCAUUUUAAUUAAGUUCCUGACGAACAGUUAUUGCGCUGACAUUGCUUCCAGAAGCAGUUUGGAACUUGGCGGUGAGUGUUGCAACCGAGUAGGUGCCAUUUUUACGCACUUCAGCACUUGGCGGUCCCGUUCUGUGAGCUUGUGUGGCCUAUUGCUUCGCGGGAGAGCUGUUGUUUUUCCUAGACGUUUCCACUUCACAAUAACAGCACUUACAGUUGACCAUGGCAGAAAUUUGAUGAACCGACUUGCUGGAAUCCUAUGACGGCGCCAUGUCAAAAGCAACUGAGCUCUCUACUGCCAAUGUUUGUCUAUGGAGAUUGCAUGGCUGUGUGCUCAAUUCUAUACACCCGUCAGCAACAGGUGUGGCUGAAAUAGCCGAAUCCACUCAUUUUGAAGGGGUGUCCACAUACUUUUGUAUAAAUAGAGCAUCAUCCUGAUAUACCCCUCUUUUGUUU